GCAGAAGACAACUUGUCAAUGUCAAGUUAAACUAAGCAAGCUGAGCUAAGAAAUACAAGAAUUCAAGAAUUUCUUUUUUAAUUCUAAUUUGUAAUUGAAAUACCUACUAACACUCGUAACUUGAAGUACCUACUACUUGUAUUAAAGUGUAGUGAGACAGUAAAACAAAGUUUGAACUGAAAGCAUAAUUUGUUACAAUGAAUGCACCUCCAACCUUCGAGUCAUUUCUUUUAUACGACGGAGAGAAAAAGGUUCAAAAAGAAGAAGACACAAAAGUAACUAAUGCUGCAAUAUUUACAGUAAACAAGGAAGAUCACACCCUAGGAAACAUGAUUAGACACCAACUGCUAAAGGACCCAAAAGUAUUGUUUGCUGGUUACAAAGUCCCACAUCCGUUGGAGCACAAGUUUGUCCUUCGCAUUCAGACCACAUCCGACUACACUCCUCAGGAGGCCUUCAUGAAUGCCAUCACUGACCUCACGUCCGAGCUCUCUCUGUUUGAAGAGAGAUUUAAAGAAGCAAUCAAAGAGAAGAAGGAUGGAUUGGACUGAAAUACCCUAAUUAAUUAGGUUAAUCAAUUUUGUGACUAAGAAAUAAUUUAGAUUUUUAAGAUUUGAAUUAAGGAGAAUACAUUCUUUGUCUAUUUAA